AUGGCUAAUAAUCUCGUUCAAAGUUUGAUUACAUCCGAAACAAGGACAAAAGUUAGUUCGGUACUCAAUCGUGAUGUUACAAACUAUGGAAAACAAUUCUUGACUGAUCAUAAUCACGAGACAUGUUGGAAUUCGGAUCAGGGUACUCCACAAUUCAUAAUUGUUGACUUCCAUCGACCGGUAAAACUCCACGAAAUUCGAAUAAUGUUUCAAGGUGGAUUCGCGGGAAAAAAAUGUUCAGUUUAUGGCGGGAGUAAAGGCGAACAGGCCGCAAAGGAGGAAUCGAAAAAUGAAUUCAGUUAUCGAUUUAUUGCUAACAUUUAUCCUGAGGAUGGUGAAAAUAGUUCAAAUUUGAAUUUGAUAGAGAAAUUGAAAAUCGUGUUUGAAUCUAGCACAGACUUUUUUGGAAGAAUUACUAUAUAUGAUUUUGAUUUGCUUGGACAAGAAAUAAUAUAA